AUGGAAUCAAAGCUCUCCGACACCUUCUCCAACUCACCCCUCUCGACCCACGGCCCGAAAUGGUCUGCCCUCUGGGAAGAGAAGUACACGCCCUGGGACCGCGGCGGUCCAUCCCUCGCCCUCCGCGACGUCCUCACCACCCGGCCAGACCUGGUCCCUCCCCCAUCGAGAGACGCCCCGAGAAAGCCAACGGCUCUGGUCCCGGGUUGCGGCAAAGGCCAUGAUGUCCUGCUGCUCGCGAGUCUAGGCUACGACGUCCUCGGCCUCGACUUUUCAACGACCGCCAUCGCCCAAGCUAAGGAGAACCAGAAAGCGGCCGCCGAGGGAGCCGACACCAUUUCGGCUCGCGAACCGAAUGCUUCGGAGCCCGGGACCGUGACCUGGCUAUCUGGCGACUUCUUCUCCGACUCCUGGCUGGAGGAGUGGGGUCGCGAGAGGACCUUUGAUCUCAUCUUUGACUACACCUUUCUAUGCGCUCUUCCUCCCUCCGCCCGACCCAACUGGGCAGCGCGUAUGACAUCCCUGCUCGCCCCUACAGGCCGUCUCGUCUGUCUUGAGUUCCCGUCCGGCAAACCACUCUCCCUCCCCGGCCCGCCAUGGGGUCUCACGCCAGAGAUCUACCUCGCACUCCUCGCACGACCCGGCGACGCCCUGGAAUUCUCUUCGUCCACAGAGAAAGGCGACGAGACCGACGUCGUAAUCGUGCCGCCGUACCGCGACAACGGCCUCAAACGCCUCGAGCUCAUCAAGCCCGCCAGGACGCACCGCGGAGGAAUGAACGAGGACGGCACAGUCCGCGACUGGAUCCACGUCUGGAGCCGGUAA